GUUGCUUGUACGAGAUAGACGUAGAAUCACAGUAAAGCAAUCGUGUGUCAAACGAUUAGGGACAAGAUUAAUUCCCAACACGAGUUGAUAUUGUUUUGCAUUGGUGCACACCGUGUGUUGCUACGGCCAUCCCCCUGUUCUACUGUCUUUACGCAGCAUGGCACAACAAAAGUUCUUCAGUGGACUGACAGAAGGUAUGAUGAAUAAAGGAAUGGUUGACCGGCCUGAUCGACAGAAAACUCACUUUUACUGGCCCGAUGAUUCCACUGUCGAGCCCUCAGAGUCGCUGAAGAAGCAACCAUCAGUCGAGGCCUUGCUAGCAGGCAAUGGCAAUUUACCGUCUACAAUCAACAGGCAAGCAAACGAAGCUAACGACCAUAAUAACGAUCAAUGCCGCCAACAACAUUACAUGAGAAAUAUAAACGAUCAAGCGAGCCCAUAUCAUCAUUCGCAGAGGCCUACCCGAUCAAACAUUCAAAUCUACAACGAUGUGGAAUCGAUCGGAAAACCAAUCGGUAAGCAACAACGAUUGGGAAUAAAUGAGAACCUACGGAUUGAUCAACCACUGCGUCGUCAGCCAUCGGAACGAGAGACGGGUGAGGCGGCCCGCAGCAAGCGACUCAGCGCGAUGCAGUCCAAGAUCGAGUUCUACGAUUACAUCGACACCACAACCAGUACACCAUCACACCAUCGCUCCAAGCGGCCAUCGGAAAAACAGUCAUUUGCUAAGACUGAAAACGGCUGGGUAACGACUGCUACGGUACUGCAGGACGGCAUGACCGACCCUUACCCUACGAUCGACUCCUACUCGCAGCGAAGUCAGCCAUCCAGCAUGCACGGGGGCGAUGAUUUAGAGGACGAUCAAUCGAGCAGCAGGUCUAGUGAGCUUAACGACUGGUAUUCCCGUACAUCGCCAUCAACGGCCUUGCCGGAGCACAAACGGCACUCACAGCGGCACCUUCGGUCCAGUAUAAACUUCCACAAUGGAUGUACCACAGCCGAUGACAGUGGUGCAACCAGGAAACCGCUUACUGUGCGUGACUCGGCGACGACACGCGUGGGCGUUGGAUUACCAAAUCUAUAACAAGCCAACGUAGCCGCAGGACCAUAUUCGUAUUCACACGACGGCAUACACCGAUGAUUACUAAAUCUUAAACUAACCAUUUUUGCAUCGUAUGGACAGCGUAGCGCUUCGUUGAAAGGGCAUGGUUUUGCUAGCUUAAAAUCCCACAGGCAAAGUGGUAAGGUUGUGCAGCAGCGUUGUGACAGUUAUAAAGCAUUAUGUUCUACAGAGGCUUCGUUAAUAUUUAUUAUAAAUUUUAGUUCACAAGUAAAGAACUUGCUGGCAACAGA